AUGGAACUUGCUCAACAAGACCACUUUGAUCGUCUUCCUGACGCUCUUCUCCUCCUCAUCUUCAACAAAGUGCUUGACAUCAAAGCACUUUCUCGCUGCCUUUCUGUCUGCAAGCGCUUCUCUUCUCUGAUUCCUCAAACCAACACUCUCUUUGUCGCCAUUCCGCCUUGCAUUCCCACCUCAAAACCCGCCAGUGGCUUGUGUUUAGCCUCCCUGAGAAUCUUCUUAAAGGGGGUCUUCACGAAGCCGCUCAAACACUUUCGUCGAAUCGUCACAUUGGAGUCUCCUUCAGGCAAAAGCUCAAACUUCCAGCAUUCUUUCAAUAAUGCGUUAAAGAAGUUUGAAGAUGUCAAAUUUAUUCACAUUCAGUUUCCCUUUUAUGGUAGCGGAAUUGACUUGGUGGGUGGCGAUUGCUUGGUGAAAUGGAAGGCGGAGUUCGGUGGACAACUCAAAGUUCGAAUAAUAUGGACGAUUUCUUGCUUGAUAGCAGCUUCAGCGCGGCAUCAUUUCUUGAAGAAGAUUUUGUUGGACCAUCCGAGUCUUGAGAGUGUGGUGAUAAGUGAUGAGAAGAAGCAAGGUAAGCUGUGCAUGGGGCCCAAAGAGCUGGCUGAGAUAAGGGGUUGUAUGGAGUCUUCUACGCCGUCGAAACCAUCGUUGAUUGGGAGGACUCGAGUGCCCGACUUGAGUGUCAAGUUAUCGUAUGCAACGGAGUUGGUGUUACCGGCGUCAGGAUACAGGAUGAGAGGAGCUACAUUAAUGGUGAUUAGGCCUGUUGAUGGUGAGUUCACAAGGAAGGAGAUAAGUGAUGUAGAAUUUUUGGAAAGUGGGUUCGAUGGAGAACAUGGAGAAGACAAGGUUUUCGCAGAAGCUGUGAGGGAAAUGACCAAGAUGAAGAAGAGUUAUGUGAUGACAAUGAAUUCAUUUUGA